AUAGAAGAGACGUCCCCGGCUUUACACUAUCUACACCACCAGUAUAUACACCCAGUUACCACCUGAUCACGUUCAACGUUUUAGUACCCGCCUGCAGAAGAGGGUAAUCACAUAGGAAGAUCGCAACACUAUACUGACGGAGAGAUGAAGUGGGCAGCAGCGAUUAUGGCGGUGACGGCCGCUCUAACUAUGCACCAGGUGUCAGGGAUGCCCUUGACUGCCGACUCACUGAUCGACACAAUUCGUGAGGGCUUCUCCGUGCUCGACACUCGGAGGGACUUGUGGUCUGAAAACUACUCUUCCCUGAGGAACAUGACCACCGAGAACAAGAUGAAGCUUAAGGAACUUCUCUUCGUCAGCAAGUUGGCCUUACCCUUUGUCUGGCAACUGUACAAAACCCAGAUCCAGGACCUUAAGGAUUUCCUGCAAAAAUCUCCUCAAGUGAACCAAGUCCUGCCCUACUCUACAUCUGUAUCAGGUUACAAUGCUAGCGGUACUUACUUCCAUGCAGAGUUGAUGCUCUUACUUAACCGUUACCACAAUUUUCAGAUAGAUAUCAUUCAGGACACAACAAAACACAUCUUCCUUCUGGCAUUUGACUUCAAAGCAAGGCGUGCGGUACUUGGUAACAAGAACACUGAUGGGGAAGUCAAUGAGCGUGUAGAACUGGAAGGUGACCAGUUCCCUGCCAUCAACCUACAUGAGCCCUUUAGAGUGAAUAUACAAGUAGAUGAUGACUGCAUCUUUACUACAAUCUGGCUGAAGAACUUCGACAUGGAUAUACCAAUGCCACUGCCAGUCAAACAUCACUGGUGCUCAAAGGAUUAUUACCAAGUACAGAAUACUGUUGUCAGAGUUGAUUAUGAACAUGAAUCCCCGAGCUCUGCAGUGUCUGAAGAAUCCCAAGAUAAUGGUAACCAUGAUGAGGCAGAUGACCAUGAUGAGGUGGAUGACCAUGAUGAGGCGGAGGACCAUGGUGAGGUGGAUGACCAUGAGGAGGUGGAGGACCAUGGUGAGGUGGAGGACCAUGGUCAGGUGGAUGACCAUCAUGAUAUUCAUCUCAUUGCUGCAACCAUCUAUGAAGGCAUUAUCAUGAUAUAGCCUUUUACAAUGUCUUGGUAAGGUAACAUAGCCAGUGUUUGCCAUACCUGUUCACUAGAUUUCAUCAAUUAGCUUUGUAACAUAAUUAUGUUGAGACAGCAGUGUUAGACUCGUAAACUGUUGAUGAAGAGAACAAAAUAAACACAUUUCAAGUUC